AUGUCGGGCAUCGAAAUCGCGGGCUUUGCCUGGGGUGUCGCUGUGGCCGUCGAAGGUCUGAUCGAGACGUUGGUUGAGGGCAUCAAACACACCACGCAAUUUGGGUCGGGGAUAGAACGUGCCCGGCUGGCGCUGAGUCUCGAGGCCACCUCGUUUCGCUCAAUAAAACGGGUUCUCUUCGGAACGGCCGACUCGCCUACACCAGGCCGCCUCUUCUCUCUGUCCGACCUCCAGACCCAGAUUGACCUUCUCAACGUGCUUCGGCUGCUUAAUGAGACCCUCGAAUCCAAGUAUUGCCUGGUGACUUCCAAAUAUAACGCUAGUCGUCCUUCGUUACUUACUGUGUUCGACAAUUCCAUCGCCUUUGGAUCAUAUCACAAUGUUUCGUUGGUGCGAAAACUCCGAUGGGGAUUUAGUGAAAAGGCGAAAACCGAGGGAGCAGUUCAGGAGUUGCGCAUUUGGAACGAAAGACUCUUACGAAUCAUCCAAUCGCAGAUGGUUGAUCAACAGUUGUCCGGACAGAUUCACGCCAACAGCGGGCGAAGGACGUCUCACUACCUUCAGAUACUGCAACAGACUGAAGAUGCGGCCACUCUCGGCCUGAUAACUGAUAUGCGAUUGCUUAACCUCUCCUUGAGCGACACUCCUGGAGUGGCGAUGGUGGAUCUGGAGCAGCGCGACAAGAAGAGAUACAACACCGCGCAGCUCAUCUCAACCAGCGAGAACAGAAGGCUUGUCAGGAUCGCGAACUCCUAUAUACUCAUCGAACAUAAACCUUUCUUCUCGGAUCAGGAAGGUCGCCCGUCGCAAGUCUCUUGGGAGCGAGCCAACCAGCUGGCAAACAUUCUUCAUGAGGAUAAGCCAGAGCGUUAUUGCAGUCUUUCGUGCCUGGAAUUCUUCGUUGAAGAUGGCCAGUUCGCGUUUUGUUUCAACAUUCCAUCUCAGCAUGAAUACCGCACCCUAAGCCAGCUUCUCUCCCAGUCCAAAGUACCAGCACUGGAGUCGCGAUUCAUAUUAGCCAGAGAGUUGAGUGCAGCACUGUCGCAAUUCCACACGGUGAAGUGGAUCCACAAGUCGUUUCGAAGCAACAACAUACUCUUUUUCCAGGACACGCAGUCGAAGGACACGACUCCUUCGUUCCAUCGGCCCUAUCUUUUCGGCUGGGAGUACGCACGUCCCGAGUCCGGCUUCUCAAGUCGCGUCGACGAGAAGGAUGACAUCGAAGAAAACGUCUAUCGCCAUCCAGAACAAUGGGGACUCCCCACCUCCUCUUUCAAUCGUCUUCACGAUAUCUAUUCGCUCGGUGUCGUACUGCUAGAGAUUGGUCUUUGGAAACCGGUCAUUUCGCUGCACAGAUGGGGUUUCAAGAACGUCGGUCUAGGCAGUGAGGUCAAAGAUUAUCUAAUUGAGUCAGCACGACACCAGCGGUUGCGAGCGGCCAUGGGGGAACGGUACCAAAACCUCGUGCUCAGUUGUCUCCAGGGCUCGUUUGAAUUCUGUGAUCCAACGAUGGGGACAGUUGCGGUGGAGACAUUCAAGAAGGAGGUAAUCGACGUGCUCGAUAGCAUAAUCCGUGGUUUCUUUCAGUAG